CCCACACCGGCCCUUCCUGAAUAAGAUUGCUCACCCCUGCAAAAGUAAAAUGUUUGCGUGCAUGUCUCUGUGUGAAAGAGUGUGUGUGCAAAUGUGCGUACAGCAUGAAACAUUUAGGUCGUCUCAGGCUGAGGCCAUGGAUUGAGGAACAAAUCCAGUCUGGGAAAUACCCAGGCGUACGCUGGCUUGACCAGUCAGCAAAAGUUUUCCAGAUCCCUUGGAAACAUGCAGCUCGUCACGGCUGGAAUAUUGACAGAGACGCUACGCUGUUCAGGAGUUGGGCCAUGCAUACUGGGCGGUACCAUCCAGCCAAAGACAAGCCGGACCCAAAGACAUGGAAGGCUAAUUUCCGGUGUGCCCUAAACUCCCUGCCUGACAUCAGUGAACUGCGGGAGCAGAGCAAGAAGAGAGGCAACAACGCCUACAGGGUCUAUAGGAUGCUGCCCAGCAUACCAAAACACAGGCGCAGGAGGGGUAACAAGACACUGCGGUUGUCCAAAAGGUCCAGAGACAGACAGACAAGUACAGGAGUGGUUGGAGAACCCGACACGUACAAUGCAUACACCUUACACACCUCACAAUCCACUGCAACAAAACACUGUUCAGACACAAUAAACAUGUUUAACACAACCCACGCUUCAAUGUUGAGUGAGCACAGUAUGAAGAUGGGGAUCCCUGCAGAGGAUACAUAUGGCAAUACACGAGCACACGAGCUGUGGGAGACCAGGCCAGAGGACCAGGAGCAGACCGAGGCUGUUUUUAAGCUAGUGGACCAGAUGAGCAGUGCUGAGUACUGGAACCACGGUGGAGAGCAGAGAGGAUGCCGAGCGAGCACAUUCAGUGACCACUGGCAAUACGGUAGUGAAGACUUCCUGUAUAACCUACGCACAGACAGCUAUGUGCACUGUACAGAAAACCAGGAUUCUGUUGGUCAAUAUGAUAUCAAGGAGCUCUCUGACUGGUCAACACUUCAGCAAACACUGACCCCAUUACUCUGUACUGAAAAACAAACGCCAAGCCUCUUGUUUAGUUAAACAAGAGCUCAUUCUAUUGAACAGUAUCACAAAUAUAACAGCAAAAACAAAGCAUAUUUCUUAUUGGCCUAUAUUGCUGACUUCUUACACCAGUCCACCUGUCUGUCUGUUCAUCCAUCGACUAAGCUAAUGGUUGAAAGCGGGAAGUAAGAAGGUAAAUGGACAGGUACUGCUCAGUCUGAGAGUCAGACACUCAAAAGCAAACUGAAAAGGAGAUCCUGUUCCAAGCCAAGCUUCGCCAUGGUCCACUGUCACAUACACCACACCAACACCAAACUCAGACCACUUGUAGAGCAGCUAGAUCUCAUUUCACUGGUCACAGUUUUGAGGAAAGACAGUUAUUGUUCUACCUUCCUUGAAGUUUUAUGCUUACCCCACCACAUACACAGUGAAAUUAUAUCUGCAUUAAUAAACUGCACAGGAGUGCAGUACACAAAAACAGGCCCUUCGCACCAAAGUAGAUGGUAGGCUGCAGGGGAAUACACAACAUACUGGCAUGCCCUCUUGACUUAAACAAUGUAGCUUUCAUUGGAGCGUCACACGGUAAUUUGAUGGUCUUUCAAAGCAAUUUCGGUGUUGGGAUUCUGACCAAGCUGUUGCUUUGGGAGAUUUGAGUUCUUGUUUGCAGUGUAAACAUAUUUUGAACCCUCUUGCAAUUAAGAGUUGGCCAUAACAUUCUCAUCAUCCUGUUGCCCAAAUGCAGUCAAAAUUAUUGGAACUGCCCAGAGAAGGUAAACUUGUGUACAAGUUUGCAUCUCGCCUUAGUGCAUAUGUCCACAUCAACUGGGAGGACAGAGACUUAUAAUGACAAAAAUACAUCAGCAGAUGAUGGUGUGAUGUGGUUUUUGGAAAUUUUAGCAUUAUAUUUAGGGGGGGUUAACUUAAAUUACAACUUAUCUUAUUUACUUAAUUAGAUAGGAUAGUGAAAAACCAACUGAAGGGACUGGAGGGAGAGAGAGGCAACAGAGCUCGUUGCCAAAUUUGAUUCCAUGAAUGUUGCACUUGAGCCAAAGCCAACAUGAUAAGUGACAACUGGUGGGCCACCGAAACAUCCAAUUAUGACUUCUUUCUGAUUUUUAACUGGUUAUAUUGAUAUAAUAUUGAAAUAGCAAAUUGUCACACUAAUUAUUUCUAAGAACAGUAAUUCAGUAUUGCACCUAGCUUCUAAGUAAAACAUUACAACCAAAUGUUUGUCCCGAGACCUGCUAAGAGCUGAAAAGUUCAUAGACAAAGACAGCCAGAUACCAAGGCCAUUCUGUUACAUGCAUUUCCUGCUGAAGUUUACAAACAUGUUCAUUCAGUACUCCCAGAUGUUUUUUCAAUAAAUAUUCAAGAAGAAACAUCCUCCAUUGUGUUAACUUUUGUGGGAAUGUGUGCUAACACUCAGUCUAUUACAACAGACUGGGAGAAGAGCAAUCCAACAGAUAAACAUUUUUCUCAAAGGGGGAAUGAGCAAAUAAAGCCUUCUCAAGCUGCACCAAAAUAACUGCUCAUGUCUCCCCUAAGUGAAUAUUUAUCAAAUAUAUACCAUUACAAAGUGCAUUUAUAGCCUCAAAACUUAAGCACCCAUGUGCUAGGAAUUUGUACCUAGUUUAGGUCUGGCUCAGCUACGUACCCAAGUAACAGGAAGAAUAGGACAAAGUAACACAGAAUGCACAAAUACAUACCACAUAAAACAUAGGCUCUAUGUUUCUGCACAUAGUGCAAGAUUUAUUAAGCAAAAACAUUUCAGUUGCCCCACACUGAAUUAAAAGCCCUUCUUACAUGUAGGCCUUAGUUUUUGACAAUCCCUUUGUAAAGUAAAAAUAAAUAUUCAAAUGUUUUCUCACAAGCAAACACAUGCAGAGUGGUGGGAGUAUGAUAGCAUAAGGCUAGCCUGGUAAAACACACAUGUUAACAGACAGAUAGGUUUGUGCACAGUUGUACCUCGAUGACCAGACAGGCCAUCCCAAAUUCUCCUCUCUCCCCAACCAACAUGCAAACUACACCCUGACUGAAACAAAGGCCUUUUUUUUUUUGAGACAAAGUGUUGUAUGAAGGCUUACACAAAGGCUUGUAAUUCAAAGAUCUCUUGAUACAUAAAUCAAACAACACAUUCACAUAUUGCAAAACAAUUAUAAAUAAAUAAACAGAAUGGACUCUGCCAUGUCAUCAGAAUAGGAGUCUCCAGCAUCUGUAAUACUGCUGUCUUUUAAUUUCUCUGGCAAAACGGCAAUGAAGAGAACGCAC